AUGGAGUAUUCAGACGGAAUUUGCAGGGACAGGCUUUUUGAGCUACCAGUGAAUAUAUUUAAUUUAUUUUCAUGUUCCAUGUGUUAUAAAUAUCUUUUUCAUACGGGAAAUAAAUUAAGUCCUCAAAUUGAAAAACCGUGGAUGCUUGUUGCUACCAAAAGUUGGCCUACAUACUACGCCGAAAACUUUUCCGUCGUAGCUGAUGUAAAAGAGGCCAAAUAUCGUGACGUCAUAUGCAGUUCCCUUGAUCGAGACGAUUGCACGCGCUGGGUUGACUGCUGCCAGGCAGCACUUAGCUGCUGUCAAAAACAGUUAAGCACCCCACGGAUGAACGUCACUUCCAAUGUUUUCUGUCCACGUACGUGGGACGGAUACAGUUGCUUUGACGACGUCCUGCCCUCUACCAUAGUAAAAAAGGCCUGCCCAAGCUACAUUGAAUAUGGUUCCACAUCAGCUUACGCAUACAAACACUGUACAGAGAAUGGUACAUGGUGGGUUAACCCGGUCACAGGCUCGGAAUGGACAAACUACACCACAUGCGUACCGAAACAGGACUUUCAGACGGUGGUAUAUGUGGCAUUGGCUUGCAAUAUACUCAGUCUGCUUCUCCUUAUACCAGCAUGCGUCAUCUUCCUCGGAAUCAGACAGCUGAGGGUGCAGAAAAGAAUAAAGCUACAUCUCUGUCUCUUCCUGUCCUUUAUAUUUGCUUCAUUGGUAACACUCACUUGGGAUGUCACAGUUUACCAGGACCGACUGAAAAACGAACGGAUAAACACUGUUAUGCACCAGAAUUCUGAGGGCUGUAAGCUACUAUACAUUCUGACACGGUACGUAAGCACGACAAAUUUCUUCUGGAUGUUUUGUGAGGGUUUGUACCUCCAUCGGCUAAUCGUCCACGCCUUCUCGCCUCCAAAGACUCUCAUACCGUACUAUUUGUUCGGUUGGGUUGGUGCAUGGAUUCCAACUCUGAUCUACUCUGUAGUCAGAGCUACAAAACAGGAAUAUAAUUCGAGAUGCUGGGUACACAACAUAGGCCAAUACGAAUGGAUACUCUACACACCAAAUACCCUUUGCAUUUUGGCAAACGUCGUUUUCCUGGGGAACAUAUUGAAAAUAUUAUGGUCAAAACUGCAAAUCCAUCCAAAUGAGCCAAAUAAUUACAGGAAAGCAUUGAAAGCGACGUUUUUUCUAGUGCCUUUGUUUGGUCUCCAGCAGUUCCUUGUAAUUUACAGACCUCCGCCGGGAACCAAGUUCUCUUUUGCAUAUGGGAUACUGCAGAAUGUCAUUCAAAAUACACAGGGGGCGACCGUAGCGUUAGUCUUCUGCUUUUUCAACGGAGAGGUAUAUACAUCCAUGAGGGAUUGCAUUGGAUCCCACAUAACCAAAGGCACACCAUCAAACCACUGUAAUCGACGAAACAGCAUGUCUUCUGCAACACAAUCUACGUCAUACACAUCUGCGAAAGGAAGCACGAAAUGUACUGAAAUUUCCGAUAAAGGUUACAUACCACUCAGUGCUAGCAGUACCACGCAAGAAUUUACCACACCGACAAAUGGUCAGGUGACAGUUUCUGUAUGA